GCAGCCAAGUUAGUUCCUUUCCAGCAUAAUCAUAAACUGAGUUAAGCUCUUUAGGCGCUCAGUUCUUUUGUUCGCCAUGAAUCACGUUGGUUAAUCUCUUAUUGAUUAUACCUACUUAUUGGUGCUGGAGAGCCCAGGCGCAAUUAUCCAUUUUCCCGCAAGCACACUGAUGGAACCGAUCUGCUGCUUAUCCAGAAUCUCUCUUCCCCAUGUGACGCAGGCAGGACAGGAGAAAGGAGAGGAGGAGAGGAACCAAAAAUGGCGCCACACCAGCGGGGCGCCGUGGGAGGGAAGGAGGAGAAAGCCCGGCUCCUGGAUGUCGACGAGAUCGUCGAGGCGCCAGGAGCCGCGCGUGGCCGCGUGCCGGUGCCGCCGUGGUCGGAGCAGCUGACAGCGCGCGGCCUGGUUGUGAGCGUGGCCGUCGGAACCAUGUACAGCGUCAUCGUCAUGAAGCUGAACCUCACCACGGGUCUCAACCCUACUCUCAACGUCUCCGCCGCGCUCAUCUCCUUCGUCAUGCUCCGCGGGUGGACGCAGGCCCUCGCCCGCCUCGGCAUCCCCGUCAAACCGCUUACGAGGCAGGAGAACACCGUUGUCCAGACCUGCGCCGUCGCCUGCUACAGCGUCGGCGCUGCAGGAGGGUUUGGGUCCUACCUGCUUGGGCUCAACAAGAAGACCUACGAAAUGUCGGGAGUGGAUAUGGAAGGCAACGUGGGGCACAAGGAGCCUGGCCUUGCGUGGAUGAUCGGUUUCCUCCUCGCCGUGAGCUUCGUAGGCAUUCUUGCGCUCGUCCCUCUAAGGAAGAUUUUGGUAAUUGACUACAAGUUAAUUCACCCAAGCGGGACAGCAACCGCCGUGCUUAUAAAUGGAUUUCAUGCAGCUCAGGAAGAUCAACUGGCAAAGAUGCAAGUGAAAGGAUUUACAAAAUACUUUACAAUCAGUUUCUUUUGGAGCGUGUUCCAGUGGUUCUUCUCUGGUGGAGAUAAUUGCGGGUUUUCGCAGUUUCCCACUCUUGGACUACGAGCUUGGAAACAUACAUUCUUCUUCUAUUUCAACCUCACAUAUGUUGGCGCUGGGAUGAUUUGUCCGUACCUUAUCAAUGCGUCUCUACUUCUCGGUUCCGUCCUGUCUUGGGGUGUAAUGUGGCCACUGAUAGCUGGUUUGAAAGGGGACUGGUAUCCGGCAGAUUUACCAGAAAGCAGCAUGAGAAGCCUGCAAGGAUACAAGGCCUUCAUCUGUGUAGCUCUGAUCCUAGGGGACGGCGUAUACAAUUUUACCAAGAUUUUUGUGACCACAAUUAAGAGUCUAGUUGCAAAAUCAUCAACACAGAAGAAUGAAAAGAUAGGUAAAUUAAUUCAAGAUAUCGAUGACAUUCAGCGUAGUGAAGUUUUUGCAAGAGACAGUCUCCCUAACUGGCUGGCCUGCUGUGGUUACGUUGUAUUAGCAAUUGCAGCAGCAAUCACCGUUACCUUGAUGGUAUUAGCAAUUGCAGCAGCAAUCACCGUUACCUUGAUGUUCCCUGAGAUGAAGUGGUACUAUGCAGUUAUGGCCUACGUUUUGGCUCCUGCCCUCGGUUUCUCCAAUGCCUAUGGAGCCGGCCUUACUGACAUCAACAUGGCCGCAAAUUAUGGCAAGAUUGCGCUACUCGUUCUUGCGGCCACAGCUGGAAAGGAUUCUGGCGUUGUCGCUGGCCUGACUCGCCGCUGCCUGGUAGGCUGCAGUAUGGUGAAAUGCUUGACGUCGAUAUCUGCCGAUCUGAUGCAGGAUUUCAAAACUGGACAUCUUACAUUGACCUCGCCAAGAUCAAUGCUUAUUGCUCAGAUCAUUGGAACCGCCAUGGGGUGUGUUAUCUCACCACUGACAUUCUUUGUGUUCUACAGAGCCUUUGACAUAGGCAACCAAGAAGGGCCCUGGAAGGCGCCGUAUGCUCUAAUAUACCGGAACAUUGCGAUUCUUGGAGUCGAAGGCUUCUCGGCUCUGCCCAUGCAUUGCUUGAAGCUGUGCUAUGGUUUCUUUGGCUUUGCUGUGGCCGCCAACCUUAUGAGGGACUUCCUUCCUUCCAAGUAUGCUAGAUGGGUUCCGCUACCAAUGGCAAUGGGAUUUCCUUUCCUUGCAGGCGCGAGCUUUGCCAUUGACAUGUGUGUCGGGAGCUUGAUAGUCUAUGUAUGGAACAAGAUUGAUAGACGUAAUGCGGUACCAAUGGUGCCAGCAGUUGCAUCUGGUUUGAUAUGUGGGGAUGGUCUUUGGAUCUUCCCUGCAUCCUUACUUGCACUGGCCAAGGUCAAUCCACCAAUGUGCAUGGCAUUUGCUUCUACACACUAA